UCGCGCUGAGUGACGGUUAGCGGCGGCGGCCGGAGCAGUAACGGUAGCGGCGGCGGCCUGGCGGGGCGGAAGGAAGGGUCUCGGUCCGAGGGAGGCGCUAUGGCGACCACUGUCAGUACCCAGCGGGGCCCGGUGUAUGUCGGUGAGCUUCCUCAGGAUUUUCUUCGUAUCACGCCAACUCAGCAGCAACAGCAAAUCCAACUGGAUGCCCAGGCAGCUCAGCAGCUACAGUAUGGAGGACCAAUGGGUACAAUAGGCAGACUCAGCAUUACGAUAGUACAGGCAAAAUUGGCAAAGAACUAUGGAAUGACCCGCAUGGAUCCAUAUUGUCGAAUACGGCUGGGCUAUGCUGUAUAUGAAACUCCCACAGCACAUAAUGGAGCCAAGAACCCUCGCUGGAACAAAGUUAUUCAAUGCACUGUUCCCCCGGGUGUGGACUCCUUUUAUCUAGAGAUAUUUGAUGAGCGGGCCUUUUCAAUGGAUGAUCGCAUUGCUUGGACACAUAUUACAAUUCCAGAGUCUCUGAAACAAGGAAAUGUGGAGGAUGAAUGGUAUAGCCUGAGUGGAAGGCAGGGUGAUGAUAAAGAAGGAAUGAUCAAUCUGGUUAUGUCAUACACGUCAUUGCCAGCUGCCAUGAUGAUGCAGCCCCAGCCAGUGGUCCUGAUGCCCACUGUGUACCAGCAAGGAGUUGGAUAUGUGCCUAUAGCAGGGCUUGAGUACUUUGCUCUGGGGAUGCCUGCAGUCUGUAAUCCUGGCAUGGUACCAGUGGCAAUACCACCUCCUGCAGUAAACCCUCAGCACCUUUGUAACGAAGAGGACCUGAAAUCUAUCCAGGAUAUGUUUCCCAACAUGGACAGGGAAGUAAUCCGCUCAGUGCUAGAAGCUCAGAGGGGGAACAAGGAUGCAGCUAUCAACUCCUUGCUUCAGAUGGCUGAAGAAUCAUAGAUCCCUACUUCUUGCAAUCUCCCCAUCCUUGAUGCCACCUUUAUUUUUACUUGCCAAGCCAGGGAUUUAGCUAGAGGAAGAAUUUCCUAACAGUUUUCUGUUAGCGUACCCCUUUGUGAAAGAUUGUAUCCCCUUUUCUCCUUGGACAUUUGGGGCUUUUUCACUUUCUUUUUCAGUCUAUACGUUUUCAGUUUAGCAUGUGUUUUACAACAGCAUUGAAUCCUCUUUACUAUCAGCCAUGCCCUGUGUUGCUGUAUUCUGACUAGGGUGGCGAGUAAUGCUGCUUUUUUUUUCUUUCUCUCCCUCUUUUCAAAAAACAAGUUCUUAUAAAGUGAUGCUAUGCAGUACAGAAUAUGCUACUGUUCAUUAGAUUGGAAAAACUUUUUCCGUGGAGGGUUUCUUUCUUAGCAUAACUGAUUUGUUGAGGAGUUUAGUUUCAUCAAGCAGCCUGUUUCUACCAGAAAUUAAAAAAAAAAAAAAGGCCCUUCUGCUUGUUCUGUGGUGUUUAAUUAUUGCUGUAAUAUAGUCAACUGUCCUUGAUGAAAAUUUUUAAUCGAAUAAGCUAAAUUCUUUGGGUUGCGUAUUUGUAACGAGCAUCUUCUAUUCAACCUAGUCAUUGGGCACCAAAGUAAUGUAUUGUCUGGUGUGUGUUUAGUUAGGGCUUUAUCCUGUCAUAUAGUAUUGUUAUGUAUCUAUAAAAUUGUAACAGAUAACUUUUAACUUGUACCAUCUGUACCAGCUGUAGCAGAGGACAGGACUGAGCCCUAAUGUGCUCCUGCAACUAGUUACACUCUUACUACUACUCUGCAUUCUCACAGUUAUUCCAAAGGAUGAAUGCAGAUGUAAAGAUUUUAUACCUGGAAAAUUAAUGACACAGUAAACAAACAAUUAUUUGAGGCAUUGUGUUAUAUUUAAAAAAAGCAGAAACCUAUUAUCUGUCUAUAAGACUUCUUUCUUUACACUUAAAUUUCAGCCAAAUUGUCAUUUUACAUUUGUGGAAAAGUGUCAGUAUUUUUUUUCAUGUAAUAUGAAAUAAGCAUGGAAAGUAGCUUUGGAAUCUUCAAAUGGUAUUUAAAGUUGCCCAGUGACUUGUUAGAUUAUGGUUACUGAGUUACUUUUAAUACUAUUUGAUGCAAAUGGAAAUAAAUUCCUUGUGGGAGGAAAAUUUAACAUAUCUGAAUUAGUCUGAUCCUCAGAAGAGGUUACAGGUUGCUGAUAUUUAUUGUUAGUAUUAUUGUUUUCCAAACAUCAGUUCUUCUUGGAGCUCUAGAAUUUUGAAGUAGGCACUCGUUACACCUCUUGGAUAAAUUCUGCAAUAUCUGUUUUUGUACAUGGUGAAGUAAUGCACUUUAAGUAGUAUGCACCGGUUUGUUUUACCAGUGAUGUGCAAUGUUGUUCUUUUAUCUUUUUAAUGUUUGACUUCAAAUACUUUCUACAAUAGCCAUAGACUUUUAUAUUUUCAAGAGUUGGAAUGUACAUUUGAAAUGUAGGCUCUUGAGUGAUUCAUGAGAACUUUAAAGCCAGGUUUGGAAUAAGGAAAACAGACCCUUAUUCUCUUCUUCCCCGUACUUUCAUUUCCCACACUUAAGAUACUUUUUCUUAUCUGCUGAAAAGCUGUUUUUUCCAACUACGUUCAAGAAGCCUCUAAGUAGCAUUGGUAGAGUAUGAAUAUUUAUUUUUUUAUGAUUAAAAGUGAUACUGAAACUUUUAAAAUACAGUGUCAUAAUCAUCCAGUUUCUGAUUUUCUAAAACACUUUUCAUAAUGCGUAAUUUUAAGUUUUGUUUUGAAUCCCCUACUGUCUUAAACUUCCCUUUGAAAGUGUCUUUAUAGCGUCCUCCUAUUGGCUUUCCAAUAACCAUAUCUUUAUUUUCUAAGACAAACCAGAUAUUCAUCAAGAAAUUGGUCUUGCCCCUUCCCUACAAUUGUGUUAAAUUUUUGUGAUUUUGUGAUUGAAUGGGUGCAGAGGCAUUUGGUUUUUAUCUUCCUAGCAUAGUGAUUUGUGGCAUGUCACCUAAGAGGAUAAAUCUUGGUAAAGAUUUAGUGCUUAGAUACCAUGUGCAGGAAGAGUCCCUUGCUUAACUUUUACACAGAUAGCAUGAAUUGUUAGGGGUGGAAUAAUUCAGGGAAAAUGUACAUAUAUAAAUUUUUAUAUUAAAAUGUUGGAGUCUGUAAUAACAGCUUUUUGUAAAAGCAAGAGAUCAUGGUUGAACUUAAUGACUGGUAAGUUGUGCUGCCUCCUGUUACAGGUGAAUUUCAAGCACAGAAUAAACACCUUUCAAUUUGAACAUUCAGGAGGGGAAGGAGAAAACUGUUAAGUUAGCCAGAUUCAUUCAUAAAUUGGACUUCAGGCCUCUGAGGGAGCUGUAGCUCCUGUUCUUAAAUGUUUUUUUUUUUGUUGUUGUUGUUUUAGGCAAAUAUUAGGCAAAGCAGUAGUUGUAUGAGUUGCAGAUGGGAAACAUAGAAGCAGUAUGACCAGUAAAUGGAUUUUAACACAUAAAACUAAUGUAUUGUUCUGGGGACUUUUGGUUUAAUUAAACGUCAUAGCUGAAACUCUUAUGUCAAGAUGCACUUUUUAUCUUCUUAAAUAGAACAAAACACUGAUCAUGAGCCUACUCAGCUUUUCAGCAUACAUAUCCUCUCAGUCAAGCUAUUUAUUGUCAGGUUUGAAUUGGAGAGGGAUGCAAAAAGGCAGGGAGUAGUUAUUCGAGGACCUGUAAAAUGAAGGCGUUGGAACUGAUUGUCUUUUUUGUGAUUUAAAACAAACUGUCACUCAUUAUGAUUGCAGUUUUUGACAAACUCUAACAGGAUGAUACUCUGAUACUGCUCUUCUGCUCAACAGCUUCAAGCAGCCUGGAGACAAAGCCAGCUGUAUAGGACUGGCAUCUGCUAAAAGUUAGUGCUUUAGAGUACUAGUUUGAAUCUUGCUAAGAGCCUAAACUUGCUAAAGAUAGGAACACUUUUUGUCUAGCUAGAUCCUUGCUAAUUUCUUCUGUACUGCUGUUUGCCUCUGCUGAUGGUAUUGAAUGUUUUUUUCCCCUUACAAAUGUUAUUGCUUAUUUGGUUGAUCUGUAAUACCAUACAGAGGAUGUUUUUUGCUGUAAUAAUUCUGAAGACAUUGUUUCUCUCUGUAUUGAGGUCCAGUGUCCAAAUGUGUUUCUUGCACUCUGAAAUGCAUUAACGUUUUCAUUAUAAAUUAAUAAAUGUAUCAUCUAAAUGAA